CGAGUUACUGACGUCGAACUUAACGAAAUUACGCUAAAGAAAGCUUGUCAAACUAUUGUGCAUUCGGCAGAUUUAAAGACAAUAACUAUUAAACAAGUAAGAAGGGAUGCCGAAGCUAAACUCGGAUUAACAGAUAAAUUCUUAGAUAAGCAACCUUGGAAGGAUCUUAUACGUGGGUUUGUCGAGGAAGCGAUCCAGAAUUCGAAAUCAAAGGAUGUAUCUAGUGAAUAUUCAUCAAGAUCAAAACCUGGAAGAGUUGCAAAACCAUCUAAAAGACUGUUUAUUUUAGAAGACUUUAAAGACAAUGAUAUUGUUGAGGAUGGUGGAUCAGUAAUGGCCCUCGAGAACAAAGUGGCACAAGAAUCAGACCAAGUCUUAAAUAAAUCCCAGACGAAAGAGUUCAAACAUGACAUUUCUAAUAUCGGUGAUAGUCACAGCGAGCUUGAGGAUGAUCCGCCAAAGAAGCGCAAGACUGGAAAAGGAAAAAACGCGCAAGUCGCUUCGCCUAACGAUGAUGAUGAAGCAACUAUCAAAGAACUGAAAGCGUUUAUUGUGAAAUGUGGAGUACGUAAAGUCUGGUCGAGAGAACUAGCUGAUUGUGACACUAUCUCAAGCCAAAUCGACAGAUUAAAUAAAAUUCUUAGAGACUUGGGUAUCAAAGGUCGACCAACUUUGGAAAAAUGUAAGAAGGUUCGUGAACGACGAGAACUUGAGGCGGAGUUAAACUCGAUGGACGUUGGUAAUAUUAUUGCAGAUGACGUUAAAGAGGGUCGUAAAGCUCGUGCUUCCAGAGGCAUAUUUAAUCCUACUGGUCGUCGUAUAAUUCGUGUAAAGCAUCAAAUAGAGGAGGAAACAGAUGACGAUGCUUCUGACCGAGGGUCCGAGUGA